GCUAGACGGAGUGCACACACAAAUUCCAAGUGCCCAGUGCGAACGGAUACGGAUCACCGUCAGUUAGCCAGUAAGCCAGUUAGUCAGUUAGCCAGCUAGUCAGUUAGCCAGCUAGUCAGUUAGCCAGCUAGGCAGUUAGCCCCCAUCCAGUUUCAUAGGACAUCUGGGAGCAGGGAGGAGCAGGCAUGGCAACCUCUGCGAUCGGCGGGGUGGGAGUGGGUCUGGGUGUGGCCACGUCCAGUCCAGUGCGCCGACCCACCGCCAGAGCCACCGCUGGCAUCCAACGGCGCCGGGUGGUCAAGAAGCACAUCCAGCAGAAGUACAUGCUCUGCGGCUUCGCCAUUCACGCUUUUCUGGCCACCCCCGCCUAUCUGUAUGGGAAUGUGGUGGAAUCCGACAAGGAUCUGGUGCUGAGGAUCUGGCCAGCCAUUGUCUACCAGGCCACCGGAGAGCUAUGCCGCUCCAUUAUGGAGCACCUGGACACAGAGUACAGCGGCAGGUCGAGGGAGACGACGCAGUACAGGAGGGUCUUCCUGCUGGCCACCCUCAUCGCCUGCGUUUCCCUGAUGGUCAGCGGAAUACUCUUCUCCUCCGCCUGGAUCGUGGUCACCACCACCACGCAGGUGGUGGCCAUCGUCUUCUACGGAUGCUUUGCGGGCAUUGGAGCCAGCUUGUACCAGUGGAAGACGCACGUGAUCCUGGAGGCAGUGCGUCCGCGGGAGGACAAGUACGUGCGGAAGACGAUCCACCUGUGCGGCGAGGCCUUCUGCCAGCUGUUCCUCUCGUUCGUGUUCACCAGCCUGCGCACCCUCUACGGCACCGCCCAGUCGAUCGUCCUGAUGUCCGCCCUGCUGGUGAACCUCAUCCCGCUGAGCCUGAUCAUCACCAAGCACCGCGAGGACGCGUUCACCACGAAGCGGAUAUCGGUGAUCAAGGCGGAGACGGGAUUCGGGGCCCUCCCGCUGCGGGCAUCACUGGCGGCCAACCUGGUGGCGGACCAGCUGGACGGCCUGGACACGCUCUCCUGGCGCAACCCGGCCACGGAAAUGGCCGCUCCGGGCGCAGUGGUGGCCGCCGCCGUGGUGGACACCCACAGCAACUACAUGCUGGCCACGGACGAGGCCUAUGUGACAUUUGUGAACCCCAAUGGGGUGGAGAUCAUGGAGAUCAUACCCGAGGAGGACGAGACGGUGUCCAUGAUGCGGUCGAGCAAUGCCACCAUCGACAACUACGCCAUGUCCGCCUCCCAGAUGUCGCACAAGUCGUUGUCCAAUGGCCGGCUGUAUCCAGCAACGCCCCAGCAUCCGGUGGCCACGGGAACGGGCAGCUCCUCGCCCCUCCCCCCCGACUAUGCCAAUCUGCGCCGCAUCCGACGGAUGUCGCGGGCGGUCACCUCGCAUCUGUGGUGGAAUCUGUUGGACAAGAUCGCCAUGCCGCUGCAGCAGGCGCUGCUGGUGCCGCAGCUGUACGCCACCACGCUGCUCCUCUCCGCCGACAUCUUCAGCUAUGUGAUGUGCCUCACCGUGCUCCCGGGUCUGGCCGUCAGCCACCAUGCGCUGAAGAACGCCGAGAUCCCGUUCCUCUUCUCCCUGCUGGCCUUCCCCUGGAUGUGCUUCUCCCUGAUGACGCCGCGCUUCGGGACGAGCCUCUACAAGCGCAAGAUCCAGUGGCACACGCUGGGCAGCAUCUGCAAGUGCCUGGCCCUGAUCUUCAUCAGCUUCUCCACGUCCAAGCUGCUGCUCAGCGUGUCCGCUGUACUGCUGGGAUUCGGCCAGGUGGUGACCGCCUUCCUGCAGGAGCUGGUCUUCCAGCUGGGCAUGACGCGGGCCAACUGGACGGCCAUCCGGCGCCCGGUGCACUUCACCAACGGCCUGCUGGUGCUCCUGUGGGGCGCCCUCGCCCACUAUGUGGUGGAGCGGUACUCCUUCCAGGCCAGCGUGGGACUCGCCGGUGCGCUCUAUGGAGUGACCACGCUGCUCUGGAACUUCCUCUUCUUCUGCUGCCAGAGCAAGGACUGAGGAAAGGCAGGAUCUGCAGGAUGUGCACGAUAUGCAGGAUCUGCUGGAUCUGAAGAAUUCGGUUAUCGUAGUCUGUGUGUGUUGCUGUUGUUGACGUUGUCGUUGGUGUAGUUGUUGUUGUAUUUGUGCAGUGAUAUUAAUAAAUAAACAUACAUAUAAACUAUA